AGGACACGAACGUUUCUAGUUCCCAAGGAAUGUGAAUCAGCCCCACGGAAGCCAGGCUGCCUCUGAGAUGGGGUUGCUUGUUUAAAACAAACACCAGCCUUCCUAUAUAGGGACCAGACAGCCACCGGACACCAGCUCCGCCAGGAAUCCCAGGCCCAUCUGUGCCCAACCCGGCUGAGGUCAUGCUCUCCCUGGGGACUGUCUGCAGCCUGUUGCUCCUCAGCAUGCUCUGGAUGGACGUAGCCAUGGCAGGCUCCAGCUUCCUGAGCCCUGAACACCAGAAAGUCCAGCAGAGAAAGGAGUCCAAGAAGCCACCAGCCAAACUGCAGCCCCGAGCUUUGGAAGGCUGGCUCCGCCCAGAAGAAGGAAGACAGGUGGAAGGGGCUGAGGAUGAACUGGAGAUCCGGUUCAAUGCCCCCUUUGAUGUUGGAGUCAAGUUGUCAGGGGCUCAGUACCAGCAGCACAGCCAGGCCCUGGGCAAGUUUCUUCAGGACAUUCUUUGGGAAGAGGCCAAAGAGGCCUCGACUGACAAGUGA